ACUCGACUAUUUUUUUUUUCCCAUGAUUUAUCUUGUAUUUCUUUUUACUAUCAUUGUGGCUAUCUUUGGAAAACUAUGGAUUUGGUUAUCACAUUACUCAAUUGCUCUCAACACUAGGGCUAUAUUCCAAUCUACAGAAUUUUCAAAUACACCUGAAGUCAAUCAUCCUGUCUGGUUACCAAUUCAAGGUACAUUACCCAACUGGCUCAAUGGAAUACUUUAUCGAAUCGGACCUGGUCGAUUUAUUCUAAAGGACCAAAAUGACAACUCAACUACUGGAGAUAUCACCAUUAUUCGUCAUGCUUUUGAUGGUAUGCCAUUUCUUCAUCGAUUUCAAAUAUCAGCAACAACUCAAAGAGUACGUUAUAACUCACGUCAUUUGUCAUCAAAAGCGGAAGAGCUGAUUCGUCAAGGGAAAACAACUGCCUUCUUUGGACAUGUGUCUUUUACAUCAUCUACCUGGACACUAUUUAAAAGCUUUUUUCGACGCUUCAUCUUAUUUACUCUUCAAUCUCAGACAACAACUAUGAUGGGUCAUCGGCUAGAUCCUUCCUCAGCCAUGGUUGGUGUUACGCCUACUCCUAAUUACUCGUUACCUAAAUCAAUAUCGAUGUCUAAUCCUACUUUGGUCACGAAAACAGAUGCCAAUUUAUUACAAAAGAUUCAUGCUGACAGUCUAGAACCUGAACUUCUUUAUAAGUAUACUGAAAUUCAUCCACAAUUGAAAGGUGAACUUUCCGCAGCACAUCAUCAACAUGAUCCAGAAACAAAAGAAAUUUUUAAUUUUACUUUGAAAAUCGCUCCAACGCCAACACUUACAGUAUUUUGUACAACACCAUCUUCUCAAGUUACUAUCCUUGCAAAAAUCACACAUCGUCUGGAUCCCAAACGAACUCCUAUUCGACCUUGUUAUAUCCAUUCUUUUUGGUUAACAAAGAACUAUAUCAUCAUACCUGAAGCACCUCUCUAUUUUCGAAACUAUGGAUUGGAUUUUAUAGUUAGUGGAUCUGUACUUAGUGGAUUGGAAUGGAAUUCAUCAUCUCCAACUUAUCUUCAUGUCAUCAGUCGACGUCCAGGUCUUGGUCAUAUUGCUAGUCUUCCUGUUGACUCAUUUUUUACUUUUCAUGUAAGCAAUGGUUGGGAAGAAAUGGAUGAUAAUGGUACCGUAUUGAAUCUGGAUUGUACAGCGUUUCCUGAUGGUGAUAUUAUGCAUCAACUACACACCUUUGGACACCCUCUUCCUUCUGACAUUCAUCAAUCAUCUUACAAUAAUCAUUCUAUUUAUCCACCAACACCUCCGACAUCAUAUGACGUUCUUCAAAGUAAUCUAUGGAAAGAUGGCGCACAGAAACAACGUCAAGACAAAUGUAAUGCAUACACCAAACUAAAGCAAACAAAACAUCAUGGAUUUAACCUUCCUCCUUUACGACAAUCAUCGUUUGGAGAAUUACGACGAUACAGAGUGGAUCUUCAGUCAAUGGAUUCGGUCUCAUAUACCACGUUGUUGACCAAUGUGGAAUUCUUACGAUUCAAUCAAGCAUACAUCACCAAACCUUAUCGCUACGUAUAUGGAAAUCAAUUAAUAUCUGCCACACAUGAAGAAGGGGAACGGUACAACUUGGUCAAGAUGGAUCUGGAGACAAAACAAACAUGGAUUUUUCAAGGCAUGGAUUAUAUCUGUUCAGAACCUAUCUUUGUCCCUCGACCACAUGACAACCAUCAACGAUCAGAAGAUGAUGGAGUCUUACUUAGUUUUGUGAAUGUCAUCAAUACUGAUCGGCGGACGAAAUAUUGUUUUUUAUUGGUAUUGGAUGCCUCUACAAUGAAGGAAUUGGCUCGCUGUCAUAUUGGUGAUUUUACUGCUACUACCUUCCAUGGUUCCUUUGUUGAUCAUGAAUUCAAAUCGAUCUCUAUUAAUUAGUUUUAAUUUUUUAUUUAUGUAGAUAGUUUGAACCUUUUUCAUAUAUUGAAUAAACGCUUUUUUGGAAUCUGCU